AUGGCUACCCGUCCGAUAUUUACGGCAACGCAUCCUCGCGCCUGCUCGACUGCUUUUGAACGGGUCUUCAUGACCCGCCGCGAUGUGCUCGAGAGCCAGCACGAGCCUUUUGGCGAUGCCUUCUAUUUCGGUCCCGAAUUCCUCGGCACCCGCUUCAAGGACGACCCGGCCGCCCGCGCUGUGGCCCCAGAGCUUCAGCAGACGUACAAGCAGGUCCUCCACCAGUUUGACGAGGUCGAAAAACAGGGCAAGCGCGUCUUUAUCAAGGACAUGGCUUACUAUCUCUUCCCUCCUGACGGUCGGGCCGCCAGCAUCGCUCCCUCUCUCGGCGGCGGCGAGGAACCAGGCAACCCGACGGUGGUGCCCCUCGAUGUCCUGAGACGCUUUCACUUCACCUUUCUCAUCCGCCAUCCUCGCCGCGCCAUCCCCUCGUACUACCGCUGCACCGUACCGCCCCUGAGCGAGGUCACCGGCUGGGACACUUUUAUGCCCAGCGAAGCGGGAUACGAGGAACUCGUCCGCCUCUUCGACUUUCUCGCCAGAAAUGACGUCGUCGACAAGCAGCACGUCACCGUUGUCGACGCCGACGACCUGCUCGACCAUCCCGAGGAGACGGUCCGGCAGUACUGCGCCCAGACGGCCGUCGACUAUCACCCCUCCAUGCUGGAGUGGAACGACCAAGACAGGGAGCAUGCCGAGAAGCUGUUUGCCAAGUGGAACGGGUUCCACAAUGAUGUCCUCGCCACCUCGAGGCUGCACGCCAGGUCGGCGGCUCAGAAGACGUCGACGAUUGAGUCUGAGAACAAGGAGUGGGCCGACAAGUACGGCCCGGAGGGACAAAAGGUCAUUCGCCAGGUUGUGGAUGACAACAUUCCUCACUAUGAGUACCUCAGGCAGUUCUGUCUUCGAAAGUAG